GAUAUCAAAUUCUUACUGUCUUCUCCCUUUGCUGUUGUGAUAUUCAUCAUCUUCAUCCACAAUACAGAUAGAUAGACAUGGCUAUUCGUUUGCUCAAUAUUAUGCAUGCUAAGCACAUUCUCCGACGAUCAAAAUCAUUUGGAAAGCAUGUAGCUUCAACAUCUAUAGAGGUCCCAAAAGGCUACAUUGCAGUAUAUGUUGGAGAGAGAGAAAGAAGGCGCUUUUUAAUUCCUAUAUCAUUCUUAAAUCAUCCUUCAUUUCAAGAAUUGCUAAACAUGGCUGAGGAAGAAUUUGAAUUUGAACAUCCAAUGGGUGGUCUCACAAUUCCCUGCAAUGAGGACAUUUUCAUUGAUCUCACUUCUUGCUUACAUGAAUUGUGAUAAGGCACCACUAAGAUAGCGGAGGCAAUUUUGUAAAUCCAUUUAUACUCUUUAUUUCUUUAGACAGCACAGGAGAGAUGGGGAUUGUCUAUUUAUCCACUAGAAACAUUACAAAUAGAAUCAUU